UAAGACAAAUUGGUCUCGGUUUAAAAUGCUGUCCAGACCUACUUCUUCCUCUCAUCUAUUUAUUCAUCGGUUUCUCUCGCCACCACCACACCGAUCAUGUCCACCGCUCAAACGUCAUCCCUCCGCAUGAUUUGAUCUCUCCAUCUCUCUCUCACAAAGAUGCAUGCGUUUACUUGAUUACGGAAACUGUUUGAUCUGUGCCAAAAAUAAAGGAUCGAUCUUUUUAUAUUAUCUCUUCAUGUCGUCAUCGACUAGCGCUGCUCAAGGAGGAGAGAUAAUGGAUCUUGAUCUGAACCAAGAACCAUCUCCCGGUUCAGAUUCUCCACCCGGUUUAAUCACAGAGAUUUCACCGUGGUUAAACGAGCUCGAAUCUGCUCACGAGCGGAUCGAAGAGCGCUUGAGACAGCUCGAAUCGAUAGUUUCAAGGAUCAGGGAACGAGCAACUGUCACAACAACAACACCAGCACCACCUGCCUCCUUGGUUCCUCCUCCUCUUAGAGACUCAACGGCAGGCGUCAUACACGAGCGUUCCAGAGAGAGACUGGUCGAGAGCGGCGACGACGACAGCAAGACGUAUCUGAUAGCAAAGGCGCUGAACAUGGAGAGAACAAGCUCUGUCCCGGGCGGUUACUUUGACUGCAACAUAUGUCUGGAGAGAGCAGAAGAUCCUAUCUUGACUUGCUGCGGUCACUUGUUCUGCUGGGGAUGCUUCUACCAGCUGCCUUUCAUUUACCUCAACAUCAAAGAGUGUCCCGUCUGCGACGGAGAAGUUACCGACACCGAGGUGAUUCCUAUAUACGGUAACGGAGAUGGAGAUGACGGUGGUGGUGAUAGUAAAGCCAAGCGUGAGGAGUGUGGUAUCAGGCUGCCUCCAAGGCCUAAUGCUAAAAGAGUUGAGAGCAUUCGUCAGAAGAUUAUAAACCGGGGGAACCCUUUUGUCCCGGGGCCUGAGACGCUUGAGCAUAUUAGAAGGACUAUUGAUUCUAUCGGAGGGCUACAAGCUUUAGCUGAAGGGCAUGAGUUCGGUUUAACCAACAUAGUAACCACCGGAGGAGGAGGGAGCAAUCGUGGUGUGGUGCAGAAUCGUUUGAGGUUAUCGUCUUCUUUCCCUGGUCUUGUGGUGGAUAGCUCGGAGAUGCCACCAUCUGAUGAUGCUGUUGCUGCUGCAUUUGAUGUUGAUAGUUUUGUUGAUACACCUAGUCUGAGGACUAACCGUCGUAGGUCUUCACGUAUUGCCGAGAUUAGUCCUUCUCCUUCUCCUGCAGUACGUGCUUCUAUUCGUAGAAACCAAAUUAGUGCAGCAGGUUCGUCGUCUUCUUCUUCGCCUAGAGAUUUUGCUGUUCCCGGGUUUGGCUUCUCUGUGAAUCCUAGUGAAGUGGUUACUACUUCGGCUUCAUCAUCGUCUAGGAGGAGAACAGAAGAUGUAAACAAUGCAGGACCUCAGACCAGGUCUAGAAGGAGGCUAAGCUAAAGCUAAAAAUCUUGAAUCAUCAUUUACAAACCUCUCUUGUUUGUCUGAAUGUAUGUACAUUCUUUUGGACUUGUGAUUCUCUGAAAACUUUUGAUGUCAGAGUUUUUUUUAUUCUCUUCUUUUUAGUAAAAUAAUCUAAUCACAUUUCGUGGA